UGCUCCUCCAUUCAUCUUUUCCAUCCUCCGAGACGGGGUGAGGAUUCCCACCCUGUCUUUGUAUGUUUAACAAAAUGAAAGAUCAAAUUUCCUCAUUACCAUAAUGAUGAUGAUCAUUAUGCAAAAUUAAGAUCAAGAAAUCAGAAAACAGGCCUGAAAUUAAAGACCCUUAAUUGGGUUUCAAACAUGAGCAAUGCCCCGGCUUUAAGAGCCAAUUUAGUUUGUACUUCAUUCAAUCAGAUCAAUUCUAAAGGUUUAUUUGUUGGUGAUGAUCCUCUUGAUUAUUCUGUUCCUGCUCUCUUAUUGCAGCUUUCUCUCAUUUCUGUUUUCACUCGCAUUAUCCAAUCACUUCUCAAACCUCUUGGCCAACCCCUCAUUGUUUCUCAGAUUCUCGGUGGUGUGAUACUCAGUCCUUCGAUCAUUGGGAAAAAUGGAGAACUUUCGUCUAAAGUAUUUCCUAGUAAAGGCAGAUCAGUACUGGAUACAGUAUCAGUCUUUGGUUUCAUGCUUUUCAUUUUUCAGAUUGGAGUUAAGAUAGAUCUCAGUAUUAUUCUAAAAUCUAGUAGAAAAGCUUUAGCUGUAGGAAUUUUGGGCUUCUUUGUUCCUUUUGGACUCGCCAGUUUCACGGCGUUUCUUCUUGAAAAGUUUCUAUCUUUGGAUAAAGAACUCAUCACUCUGCUUUCAAGGGUAGUGAUUUUGCAAUCUAUGACAGCUUAUCCUGGUAUUGCUUGUUUUCUUGAUGAGUUGAAGAUUCUUAACUCGGAGAUAGGACGUUUAGCUUCUUCGUCUUCGAUUAUAUGUGAUAUUUGCCAGUGGACUAUUUUAAGUCUAAAGUAUGCGUUAGAGUUAGCUAAGGCAAAAUCAGUGAGAGUAACUUUGGGGUCAUUGGUGUCUGGUGCUCUUUAUAUCCUUGUUAUCGCGUUUGGAAUUCGUCCUGCAAUCUUAUGGGCAAUCAGACAAACGCCAGAGGGGAAACCUGUGAAAAAUAUUUAUGUUUUUGCGGUACUUGUUCUACUAUUAUGGUGUGGUUUCACUGGUGAAGCGAUCGGCCUUAGUUCUAUUGUGGCCUGUUUUCUUUUUGGAUUGGUGAUACCAGAUGGACCGCCAUUAGGUUCUGCAAUAGUUGAAAGACUCGAUUGCUUUGUGUCUGUGCUGCUUAUGCCUCCCUUUUUCACCAUAUGUGGACUGCAAAUGAAUGUCUUUUCGAUUGUAAGGUUGAGAAAUGUAGGUGUGCUUCAGUUGGUUGUCUUAGUUGCUUUUAUUGGAAAAAUCAUGGGAACAUUAUUGCCCCUUCUUUUCUGGAGAGUGCCACUACGCGACGCCUUCUCUCUUGCUUUGAUCAUGAACUCAAAAGGCAUUAUGGAACUCGCUUUCUUGAAUGACUUCAAAAAGAACAAAGACAUGUCUGAAGAAAACUAUACAAUCAUGCUAAUUUCAGUGGUUGUUAUAACAGGAGUUAUAUCGCCUCUUGUUAAAGUUCUUUAUGAUCCUUCAAGAAGGUACAUAGCCUACAAAAGGAGGACAAUAAUGCAUAGCAGAGAUAACGAUGAACUUCGUAUACUUGCCUGCAUACACAGCCAAGAAAAUGUUCGCGCAGUCAUCAGUUUACUUCAAGUCUCUAACCCUACAAAAGAAAGUCGUGUUAAUUUGGUUGUCCUUCAUCUUACUAAGCUUACAGGCCGUGCCUCUUCAGUCCUCGUAGCACAUCGGAAACGUGACAAGCCAUCUCUGAAUCCAACGCAAUCGGAAAGAAUCUUCAAUGCCUUUGAAAAAUUUGGACAACAGAACAAUGACCUUAUCAUGGUACAGUGUUACAAAGGGAUAUCACCUUAUGCAACAAUGCACAAUGAUGUUUGUUCUCUUGCUUUAGAAAAGAGAACAACUCUUAUCAUUGUCCCUUUUCACAAGCAUUGGAUCUUUGAGAAAAGAAUUGAAACAUCCUAUGCAUAUAGACAUCUAAACAAGAAUGUACUUGAGAAAGCUCCUUGUUCAGUUGGGAUACUUAUCGAUCGAGGAAGCACGAAAAAAUCCCGCUAUGCAAUCACAGUUCCUUCAUUGUAUAGAGUGGUGGUCCUUUUCUUUGGGGGUGCAGAUGAUCGCGAAGCUUUAUCAUAUGCAGAACGAAUGUCCGGACAUCCUAGUGUACAAAUGACACUAAUACGAUUCACACGAUCAAGUUCCUCCGAAAACAUUGUUGGUGGCACGGAACGAAGUAAGGUUCUUGAUACUCAAAUCUUGAGUGAAUUUAAUCACAGAUUUCUUCGUUCGGAACAAGUUUCCUAUCAAGAAGCAGAGGUGAAUAGGGGCGCGGACGUGUUAGAAGUUAUUAAAUCAUUGGGAAAUUUUUAUGAUCUUGUUAUGGUUGGUAGAAGACAUAUAGACUCACCAAUUUUAUUACAAUUGACAAAGAGGAACAAUGAGGAUGGUGAAUUAGGGUUUAUAGGAGAAUUACUUGCAGCCUCAGAUAUUGAAAGUGAGACUUCAGUUUUGGUGAUGCAACAACAAACAAGAUUAUGGGGGCUCCAUGACCCUGAAGAGUCUACACAUUUGAGAAGGAUCAGCUUAUAGUUGUAUACACUACGCCAAUAUGACUUGUUUUAAUGGUAAACAUUCACCUGCAUCAGAUGUUUACGCCAAACUAAUAGGUGAAUGAUAUGUAUUUGUUGAUAGACUUCUCUCACUUACAAGGGCAGCCUGGUGCACAAAGCAUCCGCAUUCAUGAAGGAUCCGGGGAAGAGCCGUAUCCCAAGGGGUAUGAUGUAGACAAUCUAUCCUAAUGCAAGCAUUAGUAGUUGCUUACACGGGUCGAACGGGUGGCCUAUAGGUCACACGGAGAUAACUUUACCGUUGUUCCAAAGCUCUCCUUCACUUAUCAUGGUUAAUUAAUUCAUAUUUCUAUCUGAUAAGAUCACUUAACCA